AUGUUAGUUUGCGAGGAGAUGUUAGAGAGUGGUGUUGUGCCUAACGAGAAGACUCUAAGCUGUGUUCUUUCGGCGUGUGCUCACGUAGGGGAACUUCACCGAGGAAGAAGAGUGCAUUGUUAUAUUAUUAAGAAUUCGAUUGGGGUAAACACUACAGUGGGAACAACGUUGAUUGAUCUUUAUGCCAAGUGCGGGUGUUUAGAAGAAGCUAUAUUGGUUUUCGAGAGACUUCCUGACAAAAAUGUGUAUGCUUGGGCCGCGAUGAUCAGUGGACUUGCAGCGCACGGAUAUGGAAAAGAUGCAGUUGAUCUCUUUCAGACCAUGUUAAGGAGACAUGUUUCACCGAAUGAAGUUACUUUCAUCGCUGUGUUAAGCGCCUGUGCUCAUGGAGGCCUUGUAGAAGAAGGUCAAAGGCUUUUCAUGAGCAUGAAAGAAAGGUUCAUUUUGGAGCCAAAUGUGGAUCACUAUGCGUGUAUGGUUGAUUUAUUUGGAAGAAAUGGAUUUGCUAGAAGAGGCAAAGACUUUGAUAGAGAAGAUGCCAAUGGAGCCAACAAAUGUGCUUUCGACGAUAAAAAGCGCCUCAAGUCUGAUGAUUUGUACAAGACACUCGACAACUUUAGGGUGCAAAUGAGAUUGUCUGAUGAAUUGGAAGAUUUGACUGCUCAAUCUUGA